AUGCCUCUGGCCCAGUACUUUAAUGAAUCCCUUCGGCCAUGUUCUGGUCGCCGCUACUGGUCGUCUGUGUCCCGGGAGCCUCUGGCGCUGUGUGACCUGAAAGCAGAAGUAUCCCCAAGGAUCUCGGCCGAGGACUUAAUCGACCUCUGUGAGCUGUCAAUGGCCGGGCCCAGCAAAAGGACCAAAGCCGGCAAGCCCAAAAUCAUUGCGGUUGACAUCCGUAGUGUCGAGGACUUCGGCAGAGGCCAUAUAUCUGGCAGCAUCAACAUCCCCUUCAGCACUGCAUUCAGCCCCGACGGUGAGCUGGUGCAGUGCCCUUCAACAGGUAUCCUCCAGAACUACAGAGGACGUGUCAUCGUGAUCAUUAGCCACGCCAUUAAAAUCGGUGUUAUGUUUGCAGUACACCUGGUCACGGUCAAUUUCCAGCGAGUUUGUAUCCUUGAUGGAGGGAUAAACAAGCUGAAGCCCACUGGACUCCUCACUGUCCCCUCCCCUCAGAUUUGAUCCUGUAUCUCAGCUUCACUCUAACAAAAGGGGCGAGUGUAGAUUGAAUUGUGAGCUGAUGAAGCAAAGAAACAAAUGUCGACAUUCUGUGUAUACACAUUCAAAUUAAACUGUGGAGUGAAAGGAAAAAACUCCAUUGUAAUCCACUUCUCAACACAAUUAUAUUUCAUCACCAAAUGGUCUUUCAGGCCAUGUUUAACAUUUAAAAAAAUAAGAAAGAAUGAUUGAAUCACAUUGUUUUUUCUGAAACAACUGUUAUGUGUUGUAGUUGCUUUGCACUGAUAAAUUGAGCUGCCUGUGAAUUUCUUGAAGUAAGUCAACCUGUCUGUUCUGAGCCAGUUGAUCCAGGGAACUGUGUUGUAUACUAAGGGGUCAUAAUAUGAGGUACACUUGUGCAAACCAAUAGCGCUCUAUUUUUGUGUCUAUAAUGUUUAUUUUUUGACACUGCAAGAAUCAUGUUAUAUGUUCGCGUUCAUUACGUCAUAGUUAUUGGUGGUGUUGUACCUGACUGCAUUAUAUUCAGAGGUGAAAAUAGGGAGGGCACAGGUUAGACACCUCACACUAGAGUCCACCAUUCAUUUCGGACAAUUUCAACAAACUGAACAUUAGAAGCUUUGCAGAAGUACAAUAUAUGGCAGAGCUGUUGCGUUCAAUUGCAUUAGAUUGUACAGUUGUACACAAUUAAGUGACCAUUGAGUGCAUGUUUGUGUUAGAAACAAUAUAAAUAGGUCAAUGAUUUGAGCAUUUUGUGAAUAAAUAACUUUGCCUUUACCUUGUUUACAUUGUCACUGAAUUGUCUACUAUUGUUCUGUAUUUGUUAUGCCAGAGUAAUUGGUUUCUAUCAUGUUACAGUUAUUUUUAAUAAAACUAUUUGAUGAAUAAAUGGAUAAACAGUG